AUGGAGUCACAGGUGACCGUAGACUAUGUGGCAGCAUCCAUCAAUAGACAGUCCAACGCGGCGGAUGUGUCCAGUUCUUCCUUGGUAGCGUUCGGCUCAUAUCAGUUGGUAGCAUUGUGGAAUGCCGAGGACGGAUUCGACCGAGGGGUACACGAGACGCUUCCCGGUCAUGAAGGGCUUGUGACUUGCGUGCGUUUCUUCGACGACCAACACUUCGUCAGCGCGGAUGACCAGGGUGUCGUGAGAUCAUGGAGGAGGGACGGGACACAGUGGAACGAGUCAUGUGUGCACCAGGCUCACCAAAAGGCCAUCUCUGCUCUAGCACUGUAUGGCGAUCUCAUGGUGACUGGAGCCUCUGAUUCUCUGGUGAAGGUGUGGAGGGUUCAGCGAAACGACCAGUCAGAUGUCUUCCAAGAGGUUCAAAUGAUCACUCUACGAGGUAGAUAUGCAUUGUCGCUAGCGCUCUCCAUGCUCCCGGGUACUCAAGCAAUGAUUCUUGCCAUCGGCAGUACAUCUCGCGACGUUCAGAUAUGGACUUGUUCAGAGGACAACUUCGUAUUCUCGGCAACCCUAUCAGGACACGAGGACUGGGUACGGAGUCUUGCUUUCCAACAAUCCCAGCAGAACAGCAGCACUUUAGUCUUAGCGUCGGGAUCUCAGGACGCCACCAUCCGUCUAUGGAACGUUGAACCUUUCCAAGCAAAGGCCUCUGCAUCGUCGAGCAUUUCAGAUGUCGCGACGAGCGACGAGCUCCUUGACGCAUUCGAGGCGUCACUGGCAGAACUUACGGACGCGGAGGAAGGUGGCCGGCAGAUUUCCCUCAAGCGCCACAUCUUGACAGUCAAAGCUGGUCAGAGCAGUACGCAGCAAUUCUCUGUCGCUUUCGACGCGCUCUUGGUCGGCCACGAGGCCGGAGUCACAUCCCUCUCAUGGCGUCCUCCCACGUCCACGAUCUCCGUCCCCACCCUGCUAUCAUCCUCCACGGACUCUUCCCUCAUCCUCUGGUCUCCGUCGACCAUCAUCACCUCGCUAAAAGACGGCGCCACGUCCAUCUGGAUCAACCGCCAGCGGUUCGGCGACGUCGGCGGGCAACGGUUGGGCGGUUUCGUUGGCGGCUUGUGGGCGCGCGGGGGUAUGGAGGCGUGUGCUUGGGGGUGGAACGGAGGCUGGAGGCGCUGGCGGUGUACUGUUGGUGAUGCGGCUGCUCCGCAGAACUUGCAGAUGGAAAAUUGGACUGAGGUGGGGGCCAUCACGGGACAUAGCGCUCCUGUGAAAGGCCUGUCCUGGAGCCCGAAUGGAGAGUAUCUUCUCUCCGCCAGCUUGGACCAGACUACCCGCAUACACGGAGGCAUCCCCACAACUGGGCCAGAUGGAACUUCGACUACGGUAUGGCACGAGAUCGGUCGUCCACAGGUCCAUGGAUACGACCUCGUUGGAGUAUCGUCCCUGGAUCCAUUACAAUUCGUCAGUAUUGCAGAUGAGAAAGUCGCUCGGGUGUUCGAGGCUCCUCGUGAAUUCAUCGAGGUCGUGAAUAACCUCGGAGUCGCAAAGCUGGAUACAUCUGAGGAAGAACGACCUCGGGCGGCCACCGUGCCUCCUCUUGGGUUGUCUAACAAGGCUGUGCUGAGGUUGGCUUCAGUUGUCGCAGAUACGAUGGGCGGUGAUGGCUCAUAUGAUCUCCUUCGGAGGAGACGCCGUCCAUUCGAAGGUGAACUCGCCGCAAUCACCCUCUGGCCCGAGAUCGAGAAGAUCUUCGGCCACGGGUACGAAUCCAUCAGUCUAGCCGCUUCAACAUCAAAGAAACUCAUCGCAACCGCAUGCAAGGCAACAAGCCUUGAACACGCAGUCGUGCGUAUUUACGACACGGAGAGAUUCCAGCCUGUCGGAGAACCUCUUGCGGGCCAUACGUUGACCGUCACAGCGAUCGCCUUUAGUCCCGAUGACCGUUAUGUCUUGUCCGUAUCCCGAGAUCGUUCGUGGCGUCUUUUUGAACGAGAUGGACAAGGCCAGUCGUAUCCGCAUGGCUAUGUCUCCUUAGCUGCGGAUAGGACGCACGCUCGAAUAAUAUGGGACUGUGCAUGGGCACCUGAAGGCGACAUUUUCGCAACGGCAUCUCGAGAUAAGACUGUCAAAAUAUGGCGACAACAGGAUGGAAGCUCGACGAAAUGGACGGCAAUUGCGACAUUAAAAACCAUCGAGGCCGCCACAGCGGUGACCUUCAUACCUCCAGGAAGCGAUGUGAAGCGUGUCAUGGCUGUCGGACUGGAAUCCGGCGAAAUACUGCUCUAUUCCUGCAUAGAUGCAGACGGUGCACGAUGGACGCUGGAUCUCACCAUACCUCGACGGAUUGCCCACAUCGACCACAUACAUCACUUGUCGUGCCGUCCGUCAGAUGAUCCCACAACGAUACAACUAGCGAGCUGCAGUGAAGAUAAUACAUUGAAGAUACUGAGCGUCCGUAUUGCGAGAUCGAAAUGA